GCCAACUCAAUCAAAAUACUUUAAACCACACCAUGAUGAUAUGACUCAAACACUUCAUUUCAAUAUCAACUUUGUGUUUCCCUCGUCACCACACCCACACACUCAUGCUCAGUAGCAUCAUAGUCUCCAUUGCACUGAAGCCAACACCGUCUUCCACUGCGCGCCACACCCACUUCCUUCUCGUGUUCGCCAAACACUUCUCCUCUUACGAUGUGUACCGUGCCAACCUCAACAUCGCCGCAUUCUCACGAGCCGGAAACAUCACCGCCGCACGCCAAGUGUUCGACAAAAUGCCAACGAAAGACGUCGUCACCUGGAACUCCAUGCUCACUGCCUACUGGCACAGCGGCUUCCCGCAGCACUCCAGAGCGCUAUUCGAUGCAAUGCCGAUGAAGAAUGUGGUUUCAUGGAACGCCAUGGUUGCAGGUUGCGUGCAAAAUGACAUGCUGGACGAGGCGUUUAACUACUUCGCUGCCAUGCCGGAGAGGAAUGCUGCGUCGUACAAUGCGAUGAUAUCAGGCUUCAUUAAGUUUGGGCGGUUGUGCGACGCGCAGAGGUUAUUCAAAGAGAUGCCUUGUCCGAAUGUGGUUUCGUACACUGUGAUGAUUGAUGGGUACGUGAAGGUGAAGGAAGGUGGUGGGAUUGCGCGCGCGAGGGCGCUGUUCGAUGCAAUGCCUCGCAGGAACGAGGUUUCGUGGACGGUGAUGAUCAACGGCCUUGUGGAGAACGGGUUGUAUGAGGAAGCGUGGGAGCUGUUUGGGAGAAUGCCGCAGAAGAAUGUUGUUGCCAGCACUGCUAUGAUCACCGGGUUUUGUAAACAGGGGAAGGUGGAUGAGGCUUGGACCUUGUUUCAACAGAUUCGAUGCAGGGAUAUCGCUUCCUGGAAUAUAAUGAUAACGGGUUAUGCGCAAAAUGGGAGAGGGGAAGAGGCACUGAAUUUAUUUUCACAGAUGGUCAGGACUGGUAUGCAACCGGAUGACUUGAUUUUUGUUUCACUUUUUACUGCCUGUGCUAGUCUUGCAUUGCUUGACCAAGGAAGACAGACAUAUGCCCUUGUAAUUAAGCAUGGCUUUGAUUCAGAUUUGUCGGUGAAUAAUGCCUUGGUUACUAUGUACAGCAAAUGUGGUAGCAUUGUUGAUUCUGAGUUAGCUUUUGGACAAACUUCCCAGCCGGACAUUGUUUCAUGGAACACUAUCAUUGCUGCAUUUGCACAGCAUGUUCUCUAUUACAAAGCACGCUCCUACUUCGACCAGAUGAUAGCAGUUGGGGUUCGACCUGAUGGCAUAACUUUUCUGAGUUUGCUAUCUGUCUGUUGCCGUGCCGGGAAGAUUGAUGAGAGCAUGAAUCUGUUUAAUUUGAUGGUCCAUGACUAUGGUAUUCCACCAAGGUCUGAACACUAUGCUUGUUUGGUUGAUGUCAUGAGUCGAGCGGGUCAGUUGCAGAGAGCCUGCGAAAUAAUCCAGGAGAUGCCAUUCGAGGCAGAUUGUAGCAUCUGGGGCGCUCUUCUUGCGGGUUGUAAUGUUCAUUUAAACGUGAAAUUGGGGGAACUGGCAGCUGGAAGAAUUUUGAAUUUGGAUCCUUGUAAUUCGGGUGCUUAUGUUUUGCUGUCUAAUAUAUAUGCUGCUGCUGGAAGAUGGAAGGAUGUCAAUAGAGUCAGGGUUCUGAUGAAAGAGCAAGGAGUUAAGAAACAAAGAGCUUAUAGUUCGGUGCAGAUUGGAAACAAACUACACUGUUUCGUUGGAGGGGAUCCAUCACAUCCAAGUAUUGAUGAUAUUCAUAUUGCUUUAAGGAGGAUUACAUUACAUAUGAAAGUGAAGGGUGACUCUAAAGAAGAGGCUGUUAGUUAAUUCAACUGCCAACUAUUUUGACUUUUUUACAAGUGAUGAUAAAGAUUUUAUUGGGAGCCAGGGGGAGGCAAUCGUGUGUAACUUUUACUGAGUUGAAAAGGACAGAGGGGAGGGGAGCAACCCUCUAUAGUUUUGUAAGAAGAGGGUAGGGCAAAUAAAUCCAAGUUACUAUUAUUCCCAAUGCAGAUAAUAUUUUUAAAUGUACCUAUAUAAAAAGAAAAUAUUUUUCUUUCA